CUGCUUUCUUUGUUCUGCUGAGCUAGCACUUAAGUUUUCUUUUUAACUCUUUUUUUCCAUUUCCCCGUAACAGAAAAGCCUGUUAGCGAAGUAGCGGUUAGCAUGGUGCGCUAGCUGACCGGCUAACCCGCUCAACGGUCAAGGGAAGGAGUCGCGCGAGGGAAGAGUUUUGAAUGUGCUUCCUUUGUCCCGAGAAAGUAACACAGCCACGACCGGUGUCCCCGGUCCAACGCCCAGUCGUUUAGGGACAUGGACGACUCGGACACCGCGGCGAUCCUUCCUCCCGAUGUGCUCGACGCGACGACCACCGAGGAGAAAGCCAACGGAGAGGCCGAAGUGACGUCAACGGAGGCCCGCCCAGCACGGCCGCCGUGGAGGUGCCGGCUGCCGGUGACGGUGGAGCCAGUGCUGUUCCUCUCCGUGUUCUCCCUGGCCCUGCAGGCGCCCCUCUCCACGCAGUACCUGUGGGACCGCGUCAGCGAGGACCUGGGCUACAACGGCUCCAAGAGGUCGGAGUGCGGCAACGGCUCCGGGCCCGCCGACCCGCUUCAAACGGAGGUGGAAACUAUGACAGCCCACUGGAACCUGUACAUAAGUCUUGCUGGCUUCUCUGUAGGCCUGCUGGUUGUGCCUCUCCUGGGUUCAUGGAGUGACCUCGUAGGUCGCAGACCAGUCCUCAUCAUCCCCAACCUCGGCCUGGCCCUCCAAGCAUUGGUGUACCUGCUGGUGAUGUACCUGAAGCUGCCUGUGGUCUACUUCCUAGUGGGCAGGCUGCUCAGUGGCCUUUCAGGGGAUUUCAAUGCCAUCCUGGCGGGCUGUUUUGCAUACGUGGCUGACACCAGCAACACAAGUUCCCGCACAUUCAGGGUGGCGAUCUUGGAAGCUUGUCUGGGCCUUUCCGGGAUGCUAGCGAGCAUCAUCGGAGGACAGUGGCGGCGGGCGCAAGGGUACAUCAAUCCAUUCUGGCUGGUCUUGGCCACUAACUUGGCUUCGGCUCUGUACGCGUACCUGUUUGUCCGUGAGUCCGUCGUGCCAGACCCGAGUGCCAGGCUCCUCACCUCUGACCACUACAAAGCUGUCUGGCAUCUCUUCUCAACGGGAGGCAGCACCACUGAGGCGGGUGGAAAAUUUCACAGGUGCAAGCUGUGGCUUUACACGCUGUGUUUCUUUGUAGUCGUGAGCGUACACAUGGGCUGCAGGGAGUUGUACGUGUUGUACGAGCUGAGCUCUCCCCUUUGCUGGGGGCCGGCGCUCAUCGGCUUUGGGUCAGCUGCCCAGAACCUGGCCUACCUUACCAGUCUGCUGGGGCUGAAGGUCAUGCAGCGCUGCCUGGAGGACUCCUGGGUGGCGAUCGUGGGCCUGGCCUCCAAUGUCAUCGGCCUGGUGGUCAUCUCGGUAGCCGACACCACGCAGCUCAUGUUCACAGGUUAUGGCCUGUGUUUCCUCUUUGUGGCUGCAACGCCUGUGCUCAGGUCAAAGCUGUCUAAGUUGGUGGGCCCAUCAGAACAAGGUGUCCUGUUUGCCUGUGUUGCCUGUGUGGAGAGCUUAUGUUUUCUGGUUGGUAGCGGCCUCUUCAAUUCCCUCUACCCGGCCACACUGCACUUCAUGAAGGGCUUCCCUUUCCUUCUCGCUGCGAUCAUCCUCUUCCUCCCUGCUGGAAUAAUUGGUACUCUGCAAUGUUUGGACCAGAGGAGAGACCACAGAGACUCCACAGCAUCCUGACCUGAAGAGAGGAACCUGUCAGACCGUUAAAGGUCUGACAGGGAGACAUCAAAUCUUCUGAUGUUUCAUCAAGAUAUUCUUAUGCCUGGAAUGUUGAAUAAUGUCCCAUAUAUGCUUUCUUUUUGUGAUUUGAUACAUUUCAUUACAGCGUGAUGCUGCCAAAGAGUGUUGCCUUACAUUUCCAAUUUGAAUGUAUGAUUUGCUAAGCGCCGUUAACAAUAGUAGUUGCAUCGGUUCAACGUAGUGUGUUCGCAAGGGCAGGUGACAGAUACUGUGUAACCUAGUUUGGAUUUGAGAAAUGCUUUGAAUCCGCAAAUUCAGAUCACAUAGAUCCAGCGAUGGUUUAUUUUACUUAGAUAGUGUAUUUGUUUGACAAGAUUCAAUCCUUUUUCAGCUGCUGCACCCUUAUCCCACCUAGUCAACUCUGUGGAGUAGUGGAAUGCACUACAAGAAAGAAAGAGAAAAACUGUAGCGGCAGCCGGGGAAUAACGAUUUAAACCUUGAGCCUCCACCACAAACAACACUGGAUAGUCCCAGAGCUCAGGACUACAGCCAACGUGCACACAGGGGUCAGAUGCUAGAUGCCCGAUGAGGGAAGAAGAGCUGCAGAAUCAGCUUUAAAAUGCACAAAGGGAAUUUUAGAGGUUAAAUGAGGUAUGAACUCUGCUACUGUGAAUUGAUCAGCAUGACAAUUACUCAGGCAUCUUCAGAUGAAUUGUGUGCCAAACUAACGCACAAAUCUGUCUGUUGUUUGAAUGUAAUCAGUUGUGCAGUUUGUAGAAGUUGUAAUCAUUUCAUUUAUGGUUAUAGAACUGGCCUAA